AUGCCGUCCAAAUUGAACUACGGAGACUUGAAAGAGUCACUUGACUCUCUGGCUGAGGAUGUGUCUGCUGUCAAAACGCAGCAGACACAGCUCUUGGAACUUUUGGAGGAGGUUAAACAGCUGCGCCUCCAGAAUGAGGAGAAAAACCGGCGCAUCACAGAGCUGGAGCAGCGAGUGGAGGAACUGGAGCAACAUUCUCGUAUGAACGAUGUGGUCAUCUCAGAAAUCCAAAUUAAGCCGCGCUCGUACACGCGUGCGGUUGUUGGUGGUGGUGAGGAGCCCAGUGAGCAGGAGACGCUCUCUGUGAAGCAACAGGUGGCAUCCUACCUCCAGAGUAGAGGGAUAGAGUUGGACCUGGAGCACAUUGAGGCGUGUCACACUCUGAGACAAACCGGAGAGAGGCCAACCGUCAUCGUAUUCUACACGAAUCCCUGGUACAUCCCUUUCAUUCAUCUGGUGAUCAAUGACACGAUCCAGCUGACAGUGUCAGUCAUCCUGUUCAUCCUCACCUACACAAUGUACAACAACAUGAAUGCCUCCUUCUGUUGCAUCUUAAUGCUGAUUGCAAUUUUCACCACUGAAAACACUCCUUUGAACCUGGCUUGCAUGGCGGUGGAGUGUUACAUCGCCGUCUGUCUGCCCCUUCAUCACACUCGGAUCUGUACGGUCAAGAGAACCCGAAUUCUGAUCGGUGUAAUCUGGAUCAUAAGCACGUGUUCUGUUCUUCCUGAUCUUUUUGUCACCUUGGCAACUGAGCAUCUAAGUUUCUUUCACUCCAAAGUGCUCUGUCUUAGAGAGAUUAUCUUCCCGAAUACUUACAUAAUCAGGAAGAGAGACAUUAUGUAUCCAAUGUAUUUAAUAACUGUUGGUUUGGUUAUUGUUUACACUUACUUCAAGAUUGUGUUUGUUGCAAAGACGACAAACAAAGAUGCUAGAAAAGCCAGGAACACAAUCCUCCUCCAUGGCGUUCAGCUCAUGUUGUGUAUGGGUUCAUAUAUUAUGCCCAUGUUGAGUCAUGCUAUAAGACAAUGGUUUCCUAAACAUUUCACUGACUCUAUUUUUGCUGGUUACAUUGUUGUGCAGAUUUUGCCACGAACCAUUAGUCCAUUCAUAUAUGGAAUAAGAGACAAUACAUUCAGGAUGUACUUCAAAAAACAUUUAUUUUGUCAAAAGAGCAUGUAG